CUCUGCCCAAUCCACUUGUUCUCUCUCUCUCUCGAUCCUUCUCUCUCUAUUUCUCCCUCUCCCUCUCCGUAGGGUUUUCUUAUUUUAGCACGCUGCUUGAAUUAGGGGCAGCCAUUCUAGUUGAUUCCUCAGCUGGGAGGUGGUAGCAAUGGUAAUAGCAGAAUGCUACCUUUUGGGCCGUUGAUUCGAAAGCGGAAGGUUGAUAGAUUUGGGGGUUUUUGAAUUUGGAGGUUUUCGGAUUUAGGGGUUUCCGGAUUUGGGGGUUUUCGGAUUGAUAUUGGGAGUGGAGAUGGGCUGCAGCGACUGGGUUACCGGAUUUAAUGGUGUGGGUUGUCGGAAUUAAUGGUGUUGGGGUCUUACGAGAGAAUGGAGCAGAGGCUUCUCACGGCUGGAGACUCUUCAUGUAAUAGUGGAUGUUACUAUCAUUCUCUGUAUGUUGCUAUGAUUUGGUCAGCAAAUGGGAUUAGUGGGUUGGUUUUGAAGAGUCCCGUGAAUCAGAUGUGGCAUGAUCUUCAGGCUUUAAUGGGAGACAUUAUCCCACGAACAGGGUUUGGCAGCAGCUAUAAAGAAGGAAGGCGGAAUUUUCAACUCCAAACAGAACAAUCUGAGGUGAGUGAUUCUCUAUACCCUUUGGGUGCGUGACUCCUUAUUGGGUGAAUGAUUCCCCACUCCCUUCGGUAGGUGAUUCCCCAAACUACCUCCUUUUCUCAUUCUCAUUCAGCUUAUAUUCUCUUGAUCUAAAUUAUAAUAACAUACAUUUUCUUUCUUUCUCUUUAUUGCAUUUCUUUGAGUUCUACAUCAAUAAGACCCAGUAUCGACAUUAUUUGAUGUACUAGUCAUAAUUGAAACAAAAGUGGAAUCACAAUAGACUAAAUGGUAUUCUUUCAUGCUAGUUGAAGGUAGGCCUAGCAAUGGGCCAGGGCAAGGCCUGGAUUUUGAAAUGGUCAUAUGAGAGUAUUGGGCCAGCCAAUUCAAAAGUUUGAUUUGUUGAGCCAGGUGCAGCCCCUUGCUAGGCUUAGUUGAAUGGAGCAUGUUGUGUGGAAUAAAUGCAAUUCACGGAUGAAAACUGUCUUAAGAUGCUUUAAGCCAAAACCACCCUACUUAUCAAGAAGUCAACAUUUGUAUGCAUAUCACUCUAGCACAUGUUUCUUUUAAUAGCUAGAAUGCACUAAACUCAAUCAUGGAAAGAAUGGGUCCCUAGUCAUGGCUUGGUGGCAGACUCACAAGAGUUUUAACACUGAGGUCAUGGUCCAAGUACCCAUUGUGGUGUGUCGGUGUGUGAGUUCGAAAAAUAAAUAAAUUCAUAGGAGGGAUAUUUUAUUCUUUCCAAGUGGUUAGCAUGUCUCUUUAUUGAAAUUUAAAAGAAUACAAAAUAAAAAAUAAAAAUAAAAAAUAAAAAAUCACCGAUAAUAACUGGACUACAAAAGCAAUGGUUGAGAAAAACAGUUUUUAUUUCACCUUUGUACAUAAGCUGAAUUCAGUCAAGCUUGGCCCAGCUCAACCAACAAUCUACCUCAGCUUGAACUCAGUUUGGCUUAGUCCUCGAGAUUAACUGGCCAGCUCG